GCAUCAUCACAAGUACCGCUGCAUCAUGGUGGAUACCAAUGGCGGAAGUAAUACCGCUGUGUCGGGCAACUCUGCGGCACGCCUGCGCAAAUUCGAUCGGACGGACAGCGAGCUGACCUGCGAGGAGGCAGCCCAUUUGACCGCCGAACAGAACGACACUCCGGAGGACGAGAACGACGAGGAUGAGGACGAUGAGAGCGAAUAUGGGGAAUUGCCGCCACCGCCGGACGGUGGCUAUGGCUGGGUCAUCUGCUUUGCCAGCUUCAUGUGCAACAUGAUCGUCGACGGCAUUGCCUACACUUUCGGCAUCUUUCUGGAGGAAUUUGUGGCCUACUUCCACGAGGGCAAGGGCACCGUGGCCUGGGUGGGGAGUCUCCUCUCCGGAGUGUACCUCAUGGCCGGACCCAUUGUCUCGGCGCUGGCCAACAAGUACGGCUGUCGAACGGUAUGCAUCGCUGGGAGCAUCAUCGCCUGCAUCGCCUUUGUUUUGAGCACUUUCAGCAAUUCCGUGAGCACGCUGAUGCUCACCUAUGGAUUCCUGGGUGGAUUCGGCUUUGGAAUGAUCUACCUGCCGGCGGUGGUGGCCGUGGGCUACUACUUCGAGACGAAGCGUUCGCUGGCCACGGGCAUUGCGGUGUGUGGCUCGGGCUUUGGCACCUUUGCCUUUGCCCCCCUUGCCACGUACCUGCUGGAGGAGUAUGGCUGGAAGAAUUCCAUCCUCAUCUUUGCCGGCCUCAUCCUCAAUUGUGCCAUCUUUGGCGCCAUGAUGCGACCCCUCACAUACCCCAAAAAGAAGAAGGUGAAGCCCCUGAUGCAGCGCAUGUACGAGGAGAAGCAGAUGCAGCUGGAGCGUGGCUCCUUUGCAGGUUCGCAUUUCAUGGUCCAGAUGCCGGAUGGCACCAUGGAGCGGAAACUGAAGAUGCCCCUCAACGCGGACCCUGGCGUCCAUUCGAGCCUCAAUCUGGAGCUGCUGGCCCAACAGGCCGGCGGCCUGCAUCCCGUGUCCACGCUCCCAACCAUCACCGAGUCAAAGGUGGUGGACGUGCACCAGUCCCCGCCCAAUGCCGACAGCAAUGGACAGCUCUCGGCUGGCGGACGUCCCCCACGUCGGCCGCAUCGCAACUCCGAAUCGGAUAACAGUCCGUACCACUCGCAGGAUGGGGGAGCCAUGACCAGGAACGCCUCACAGCCCGCCUUUCUGGCCAGCGACCAUCACGGUCUGCCCAAGAACGGUUCCGUGCCUUCGUUCAAUCGCGUGCGCAAGACCUCGGCAUCGGAACGCUUUCAACCAUCGCUGGCGGCCAUCAGAGCCACCUCUCGCAAUGAUCUGGAGGCGGGCGGUGGCGGAGAUUUCACCACGUCAAAAAUGUCGCUCUCCCAGCGGCAGGGCAGCAGUGGCAGCGGCAAAAUGGUGCGACCCAUGUCCCGCAAGGACAUCUUCUACUCGGGCUCCGUCACAAAUCUGCCGCAGUAUCAGUCACAGAAGUCCCUGGCUGGCUAUCGAAACUCAGUUCUAUCCCUCACGAAGUACGAGAAGAGCAUGCAGAGUGUGCAUAAGUUGGAUCGCCUGCAGGACGCCGAGAAGCAUCGCGAGGAGUACGACCUUUGCCCGUGCCUGGGCAUACCCGAUUCGGUUAAGUCUGUGGUGAACACCAUGCUGGAUGUGAGUCUGCUCAAGGAUCCCGUCUUCAUGCUGAUUGGAGUGUCGAAUAUCUUUGGCAUGGCCGGCCUAUACGUGCCCUUUGUGUAUCUGGUGGAUGCGGCCAAGGAGCACAACAUACCCAAGGGAGAUGCCGCCAUGCUGCUGUCCAUCAUUGGCAUCACCAAUACAGUGGGUCGCGUGUUCUGCGGCUGGGUGGCGGAUCUGCCGCAGGUCAACUCUUUGCUGCUGAACAACUGCUGCCUGCUGGUGUCGACCAUCGCUGUGACCCUCACCCCGCUAUGCUACAGCUACUCGGCGUACAUCACGAUGUCGAUAUUCUUUGGCUUGGCUAUCUCUGGCUACAUCUCGCUAACGUCAAUUAUCCUGGUCGAUCUGCUCGGCCUGGACAAGCUCACCAAUGCCUUUGGCCUGCUCAUCCUGUUCAGAGGAUUCGCCGCUCUGAUUGGCACCCCCCUGGCCGGCGCCAUCUACGAUAUAACGCACACGUACGAUCUGCCCUUCUACAUGGCCGGCGCGCUGUUUGGCAUCUCGACGAUCACCAGCUUUUUGGCACCCUGCCUGAAGCGAUGCAGCCCCGCGGAUGAGACGCCCGUCCAUGUGGAGACUCUCACGCCCAUCGAUGAGGAGCAGGAUGAGGAGGCGGAGGAUGACGAGGAUCAACCCAUCACCAUAGUGCCCAAGAUCAUCAAAACGCUGGCCAGUCCGCAGCACGAGGAGCCGCCACACCCGAUGUUUCCGCAGCAACAGAAGAAGGCCGCAGAAGCAAUGACAUCGGAAUCAAAGCUCUAAGUAUUCAAAAGGGGCCGGGCCGUAGGCACGUGGGGCACAGAAAAGAGAUGAAUUUACACAUAGGCAAGAGGGGGAACACCAGGGAACGAUUGAAGGAUCCAGCCAGAUAUUUUUCUAUAACUUAUAUACAGAAAGCGGGUCGAAUGAAAAGCGAGUAUUGUAGAGAGAAAGAGAUCACACACACACACACACACACACAAAAC